AUACAAACACAAAAAAAAAAAAUUAGAUUCGUUUCAGUUGAGCUCAUUUACUCAUUUACACUUUGAAAAUACACACUUCUUCAGUUCGGUUGUUGCUCCAGUUGUCAGUUCAUCAUUAAUUGUCACCUGCAACAAAGGCCACUCUGUGCGACGAGCUUCAAGGAAUCAUAAGAAAAUAAAACCAUAAACAAUGGGCGACGAAUUCGAUGGAUGCGAAUGCAUUUGGUCCCAUGAAUUGGCCAUGCAGAGGCUAAUUAAUUUCAUACGGCAGAAUCAGAAUGCUUGCACAGACACGGAGUGCAUUGACGUUAGCGGUCGUGUAACGCAGCCUGGACAGGCUGGAGGUGACACUGGGAGCAGCUUCACCAUAGCCAUGGUCUUCAUGCUUUUGGCCAUGUUCAUGUACAUGGUGAAUCCCAGCACUUGGCGUCAGUUUACUAAUACCAAUAAGCCAGUUCGUCGCGAUAACAAUCAGGAUGGAUCCCCACCACCGCCGCAGCCACCGCCGGCAAUCAAUUGAGAGCUUCAUUUCGUUCUUAAACAAUUUGCAUUUUUGGUUAUAUAUAAAACAUACUUAGAUACAUAUGAACUUGCCUAUAUCCAUAGAUAUGUAUGUAUAUAUCGAAUCAUUGCCCGACAAAAGUUUCAAUAAUGUCUACAUAUGGGGAGCAUAAAACAGGUACAGAAUAAACUAACGCAAUUAAAUCAAAAAAACAAACAUUACUCCAAAUAUCCAAUUGCUAAAAUGAAAAUGUUGUAGUAUGUUGUUAAGUUCAAAUUGACGCAACUCUAACUCUCUUUUAAUUAAUAUCAAAUUUUGUACAAACUUAUUGAAUACGUACUACAUACAAACAUUUUACAUACUAUAUAUACUUAUAAUCGUAUAUUAGCAUAUUACAUAUUUAGCAUGGUUUUCAUGUGCAAUAUCAAAUUGAAUUGGUGAAUAAAACUUUGGCUGAAUUCAAAA